AUGGGAAAUAAGCUUUGUUAUUAAAAUGGAGAGAGCUCUUCAUAGUUUCCUUAAUUGUUAUUAAAAUAAGAAAUUGAAGACUGUGAAAUAGCUUUAACAGCCGGUCCAGUUGAAUAUGAAAAUGUGGAAUGUUUAGUUAUUCCUACUGAUUCUGGAUACGCAAAUCUAAAGUAAAGUGAUAGGCCAAAUUUUAAAUAAAUAAACCAUAAAUGUAUUUUUGUAGCUGGUAGUAAAAGUAUGUAAUUGAUAAAAAUAUAUAAGAACAAAAAAGUAAAAUUUUGGCAGUGGUCAUAGAUAAGAAUUAUUCAUCGAAAAAUGAUGAUGAAGAUGAUGAAAAACAGACUAUUUAUGCAACAAUUUAAGAAGCUCUUAAAUUGGUAAGAGAUUCAGAUCUAUUUUUAGGCAGAAUAAAAGUAAAUAAGAUCUGUUGGAUUUCCAGUAUUUGAAUCUAAAGAUCAUACUACUUCAGCCACAAUAAUGUUAAUGGCUAUUAAACUAUGUCUUACAGAACAAAGGAUAAAAUCUUUAAAACGAGUAGUAAUAACACUUGAUGUAUCAAUUUUGAAUAAUAUAUAAGCAUAUUGAGUAAGUAAGUAGUUUUAAAUGGGUAUUUCAACAAGUGUUUAAAGGAAAUUAAAAAAUUAGAUACUCAAGAACAUAUUCAAGUUCAAUCAAUACCUAAAUAGAUUCGAUUUCUAUUGAUAAUCUAUAGGCAAAGAUUAAAUGUAAUACACAAGAAGAGACUCUUUGA